AUGUCUAGUAAUUCCCUCUUAUUUUCAAUCAAUAACGAAGGUAAAGUCUAUGCUCUCACAACGAGUGGCUCUUGCUGGAGGGAGUUUAUGUACCUGGGCAUAGAAUUUAAAACGUUGUCCGCUGUGCCGCAUUUUUUGUGGGCCGUGGGAGGUGACCGACAAAUAUACCUUCAUGUCCAUGGACUUGAAAUACCAAUAAGAGUGAAAGAAGAGUCUUACGAAAAUGAAAGAUGGAUUCCAUUAGAAGGUUUUACUGGAAGACUUUUACCUACAGAUCGAUACCACUUUUCUUCUCAAGAUGGUAGCAAAGAUAGAGCAAUAGACUCCAUAAGACUUCCAUCUAUGGCAUGGCAAUGGGAAGGUGAGUGGCAACUGGAACUAACAUUAGAUGGGCAGCCAUUAGAUCAUGAUGGAUGGAGUUAUGCUGUUGAUUUUCCAGCUCAGUUUGGUCCUAUGAAGCAAUGGAAGUCUUGUGUAAGACGAAGGAAAUGGAUUCGAUAUAGAAAAUUCAGUGCAAUGAAUUCGUGGUGUGCUAUUGCUCCACUUCAUAAAGAUCCAACACAAGAACCCUUCAUAGAUGUCAGUAUUGGUGGUAAUCACAUUCCAUAUGCUUCUCCUGGUACACUGUCAGUGUGGGCUAUAACAGCUCAUGGUCGUGUAAUGUAUAGAACUGGAGUCAGUACAAGCUCUCCAGAAGGACAAAAAUGGAUCAAUGUUAGUAUACCACCGAAUUGUGAUAUAAAACAACUUUCAGUAGGCCCUACUGGCUUAGUUUGGGCAUUACUUUGGACAGGUAGAGCUAUUAUUAGAAAAGGGGUAACCAAAGAUUGUCCAACAGGUGAAGCUUGGUUGGAAGUAAAGUCACCUCCAGAAACUAAAUUAUCUGUCCUCUCUGUGGGAUAUAAUGUUGUCUGGGCAAUAAGUUCAGAUACCAGAGUAUGGUUUAGAAAAGGAGUGGACGGCAAUUUGUCUGGUAGUUCAGAAGCAGCUGCAAUGGGUACUGGUUGGUUGGAAAUAAAUGGUAACAUGGUUCAUAUUUCUGUCGGUAUUAAUGACCAAGUAUUUGCUAUUGGUGAAUCCAACAAAAAUGUUUAUUGGAGAAGCGGUAUAACUCCAGCAGAGCUAACAGGUAAAAGGUGGAGAAUGGUGCAAGCUAAUAUGCAGUUAAGUCGUACAUCAAGCACAGCAAGUAUUAUUUCAUCAGUAUCUAAUUCAAAACACCAGAGCCUCAAUUUACUACCUGAAUCAGCAACAACUGAAUUAAAGUCUAACAUUACUUUACAUAGUUCUUGGGAAGAAUCACAUUCAGCGCCCAUUGAGAAUACGUUACCCAUUAAACCUAGUGUGUCACGACCAAAGAAAAGUACAAAUCUUGAUAGUAUAGACUUAACUGGAAAAAGUUACGAAACUACAUUAAAAAAUCCAAGAGCUUGGAGUCCCGUACGUAGUGUAGGCUCUGUAGUUGGUAUGGAAGCACAACCAGAUAGUGAUAGUAGUGUGUUUGAUGUUGAUUCUGGAAUGUACUUUGAUGAUGAUGUUAGUCAAACAGCUUGGGGAACUUGUGAUGCAACAUGGGCUAUUGUGGAAGCUGGUGGUUGUGUUGUAGAUACCAUAAAUGUACCACAUUGGUUCUCUGACUCACAAAAUACUUUUAAUUCAGAUAUAACAGCUGAAUGGCGAUUACAAAUAUUAGAACGUUUAAAAAAUAGAAGCAAUUCAGAAUUUGAUUUAACUCAAUAUGGUUUAGCAAUUGAAGAAAAAGGUUGGACUCGCAGCAGUGAGGCAAGAUUAGUUAAUGCUAAUAAUUCUAGUGAGGACUGUAUAAUUUCUUUAUACUGGCAUGCUUAUGAAAAUACUGGAACUUUGUCUGUUUUUCAGCCUGAUGGUACUAUCAAAUUUAUUUUGAAUUUAGGUGAAAUUGUUUGCAUUACUACAUCAUCAGAACCAAGUAGCCCCAGAAUUUCAUUAACUGUUCCAAACCAAACCAAAGAUAUUAUUAAAAUACAGUUUAUGACUGAAAUGGAGCAAGAAGAAUGGUUGAAUGUGUUAGUUGAUAUUACUUCACAGAUACAUGGACUCUCAGGAAGACCUUCAAAUAACUCUGUCUGGGCUAUAACAAAUUCAGGAGACAUUUUGAACUGGGAUCCUAUGCCAGCAAAAUUAAAUUACGAAGAAAAUGGUAAAUAUUCAAAAGAAUUUCAAGUAUUUGGAAAAAAUAUCAUAAGUGGAUUUUCUACAGCACUACACAAUAAUUUCACACCUGGAUGUAUGCUGAGAAUGUCAGGAAGCUUGUUUGAUGAAAUUAAAAGAUUUCACAUCAACUUUCAAGGCCCAGAAGUAAAAAAGCAAAGGCAUAAAAUAGAGACAGAAGUAUGUGAAAUUCCUUUCCAUUUCAAUGUUCGAUUUGAUGAAAAUGCAGUUAUUUGUAACUCAAAAAUAUCUGGUCAUUGGGGUGCUGAGGAACGUCAUAAGUUACCUUUAGCAAGGGGACAGGAGUUUACUAUUACGUUUGUUUGUGAACUUAAAGGUUUCACAGUAAUUAUUAAUGAUGAAAAAUAUUGCUCUUAUAAACAUAGACUAUCACCAGAAACAAUUACAUCAGUAUCAGUGCAGGGGCCUUUAAAACUUUAUAAUAUGGAAUAUUUAUCAACAAGUGUUAUAAUAGGUCCAGAUGAAAUGUUUUGGCGCAUGAUGGGAGGCUAUUUACGAAAAGUGGAGUGUAGUCAAAAUGGAUUUGUGUGGGGCAUAUCUCAUGAUCAUAGAGCAUGGGUUUAUACAGGAGGCUGGGGCGGUGGUAUUUUAAAAGGAAUUGGAGGUAAUGAAGGAAUUCAUGCAAUGACUGAUACACAAACUUAUUGUGUUUAUGAAAAUCAGAGAUGGAAUCCAUUAUCUGGAUAUACUUCAACUGGUCUUCCCACAGACCGAUACAUGUGGAGUGAUAUUACGGGAAGGCUAAAAAGAACAAGAGAACAUACAAAAUUAUUAAAUCGGCAUUGGCAUUGGGUAUCUGAAUGGAUGAUUGAUUAUAACACACCUGGUGGCGUGGAUAACGAAGGAUGGCAAUAUGCAACUGAUUUUCCAGCGCCAUACCACGGAAAGAAAGUUUUCACGGACUGUGUUCGGCGACGGCGAUGGUACAGAAAAGCUCAAAUAAAUACGGAAGGACCAUGGAUUCGCGCUGGAAAUACAGGUUUACUUGAUAUUUCUGUUUGGGGUAACGGAGAAGAUGUUUCUGUGUGGGCAGUUACUGUUGGAGGUGAUGCAAUCUAUAGAACUGGUAUUACAGCUGCUUCUCCUGCGGGUACUCAUUGGGAGCAUGUCAACAGCCCACAAGCGUUAAUGGCAAUAAGCACAUGCAAUAAUAUAAUUUGGACAGUAGGUCGAAAAGGUGAACUGUAUUAUCGAGAAGGUAUAUCCGGAACUAAUCCAGCAGGAUCUAACUGGAAGUUAAUAGAGGCACCAAAAUGUGGGUUCGCUUACGGACAGAAAGCAACCGUUGGAGCAAAGGCUGUGUCUUUAACAAAAACUACAGCUUGGGUGCUGCUAACAAAUGGUACGAUUGCUGUCAGGACUUAUAUCAGUGAAGAACAACAAGAUGGUAAAAAAUGGAAAUAUAUAUCAGAUUAUGAAUUUUUAUUUAAACACAUUUCCUGUAUUGAGAAGGAAGUAUGGGCUGUGAGGUGUGACGGCGCUUUGCAGCGGCGGUUGGGUGUCACAGCAGACAACCCCACGGGCUCAACAUGGCAGCCGGUACUUACUGGAAACUUCGUACACGUAUCUGCUCGAGGCGGCUCCUUUGCAUAA